AUGACUUACGAUUGUGCAGAUUUAAACAAAUGUCAAAAUGAAGCACAAUGCUUUCAAGAUAAUCCAACAUGUCCAACUAAGAUAAUGUGUGUCUGUCGAGAAUGUUUCUACGGUACACAAUGCCAAUUUCAGACACAACAAUUUGGCCUUUCACUCGAUGAAAUUUUAAGUUAUCAGAUUCGUUCUUAUGUGCCCAUUACUAGACAACGGAUCUAUGCCAAGAUCAGUAUUGCUGUAGCUUCAAUUAUGUUAACGGUUGGUUUCAUAUCUGGAACUUUGUCGAUUUCAACGUUUCAAUGGAGAGCAUAUCAAAAAGUUGUUUGCGGCAUUUAUCAUCGGUCACAUCGAUUUUGGCUUUAUUUUUGCAUUGAAUUUCAAAUUGUGGUUUCUCAUUCUUGCACAAGCAUCAAUCAUUACUUCUCGACCUUUUCUCAUGUUUAA